AUGUUCGCCGCUUUUGGCAGCCAAGACCACCGAGGUACACCAGAGGCACCCGGCCGAGUGGUGACCUUGAUCGAGAAGUCCUACUGGGAAGAACUCACGGACCACCAUGAUUCCGCACCCGAAAAGGUCUGGGGGGUGGCGUACCGUAUCAUACCUGAAAAGGUGGAGGAGGUCAAGGAGUAUCUUGACAUCCGGGAGAUCAAUGGCUACACGAUACACUACACUCCCUUCCACCCCGCCGACGGCUCUGCGUCGAUAAAGACUCUGGUUUACAUUGGUACACCGGAGAAUGAGCAGUUUGUCGGUCCUCAGGACCCUCAGCAGCUUGCUGAGCACAUCUUCCGCAGCCACGGUCCCAGUGGACCAAACAAGGAUUACCUUUUGAACUUGGAUCAGGCUCUAAAUGAAUUGUCACCAAAGAGUGGCGAUCACCACAUUCACGAUUUGGCCGUUCGAGUGAGGGCACUAGAAGGAAGUAACGGGAAACCCAGCUCCUAA